GCGAUAAGACUGGAGGCGGUGCUGUCCCAGCGCUGGCUCUCCAAGAACAAGUCCCCCGCCGAUGCGUUCAAGUUGUUCGGACUUCAAGCCGACGACGCCCUCCUUAGCAACCCUGCGCUUAAUUCUUGGGUCAAGUACCUGGACGACUUCAACACGAAGAACCCGAACGAGAAGACAACGAUGCUCAAGACGUUCAAGACGUAUUACGGCGACGAAGAGCUGUACAAACUGCUCAAGGCGGCGAAGGAAGUGGACACAACCAAGAAGAUGGCCACGGACCUGCAGACUGCACAGGUCGCUUACUGGUUGGCGACCAAGCAG